ACAGCUUGGAAAAUGUCCGCUAGAAUCUGCUGUUGUUUCACUUCUGGAUAGUGGGUGUAAAAUUUCAUAAGUCUAGGCUUACCGUAGUUGUUGAAGACUAGGACCGCGUUUAUCAUUGUCACGUUUAUAAACAAUCACAACAACACAAUCACAUGUUACAGAUGGGUUUGACAGCGGCGCUAGUCACUGUUCUCUCCUACACUGUUGUCUACAGUAUAUCAGCUGGUCGAGGGGUCAACAGCCAAAGGUUAUACCAGACAAACACGCCUUAUUACUUACAUCCAUGUUCGAGGUCAGAUCCAAAUAUAAACCAAUGUCUCACAUAUGCUGCAAACCAUCUAGCAAUGAACUUCAGGAGAGGUAUUCCUGAGUUAGGUGUGACAGAGGUGGAACCUAUAACAAUUGAUGAAAUCAAUCUGGCGUUGGGUUCCGGGCCUGAUGGCUAUAGAGCCACCUUCCGCAACAUCGAGGCCUUUGGUGUCAGUAACCUCACCGUCACUGGUGUAAGGUCAGACCUCAAUAGUCUGCAGUUCCAGUUGGCGUUCUACAUCCCCAAGAUAGCAGUUAGAGCUAACUACCGCAGCUCAGGGGUGCUCAUCAUGGUCCAGGCAACGGGAGGCGGAGACUAUUGGGGAGAGUAUGGGGGGGUCAGAGCAAAAGUCUAUUUCAGAGCAAGCCCUCAAGCUAUUGAUGGCCAAGAAUACUUGAGACUAGAAGACCUAAAGAUGGAUUUCAGCGUGAAAGAUUUGCAAAUGGGAAUACAAAACGUCCAUAAUGGAAAUGCAGUUUUAGAGGCAGCUCUGAACCUGUUUAUCAACUCUAAUGCUCAAGAACUGCUUCGAGAAAUGAAGCCUUCAAUCAAGAAGAAGCUGUUGGUCACUAUGAGGCAUUUUAUCGACAAUCUGUUUGACAGGAUUCCAUACAACUACUGGAUUGUUGAUUGAUCUAUUUCAUCCUCUUGCAAUGUUCCUUUGUAACUCUUUCUUCAUAUUUAUUCAUACCGUUUUAUACUGAAGCCAAAAAUAAAAUUAUAGUUUUAAACAAAAAAAACUUACA